GCACAGUUAGAGCAGAUGAAGUUACCUUAAUCUGAGGAGCAGCUCCUUGUGACCUUCUCCUUUUCUGAAGACACCACAUCUGGUCUGAAGCUCAAAACUGAAGAGAACAGCAGGGAAAUUACUGGAUAUCCCUUAAUUUCUGGCUGCUGCAAAGCCACAACAUCCAGUUCAGGAUGUGGUUGCUGGUGUUUCUGGUGUGGUUCCUGGGCUGGGCAGGUGGAGUGUACUGGUAUUUCUUUGGCAGACCGAGUCCUUUCUCAGAGCACUGUGUAAGACCCCCUGGACCAAUGGAGCUUGAUCAGAAGAAAAGAGACAAGGUUCUGAAGCAAGGCUUUACCAGGGAAAAGGUGCCCCAGAAUCUGGAUGCAAUUGUGAUUGGCAGUGGGAUUGGUGGGAUGACGGCAGCGGCUACAAUUGCCAAACUUGGCAAGAAAGUGCUUGUGCUGGAGCAACACGACCAGGCUGGAGGCUGUUGCCACACUUUCAUAGAGAAAGGUUUCGAGUUUGAUGCUGGGCUUCAUUACAUUGGUCAGUUGCAUGAGAACAGUCUGUUUAGGGUUGUUAUGGACCAGUUGACUGAAGGCCAGCUACAGUUUGCGGAGCUUAAGCAGCAUUUUGACACAAUCGUGAUUGGCACAGAAGAGGAAAGCAGGAAAUACACCAUUUACACGGGCAAAACUGAGAUGGAGGAACAUCUUAAGAAGCAGUUUCCUAAAGAUGUCAAAGCUGUGGAGAAGUUCUUUAAGUUCAUGAAGAUCUCAGCCAGGGACACCCAGUACUUGGCUGCUCUGAAGCUGAUCCCUCAGUGGCUGGCGAUGUUUCUGCUGAGGAGUGGCCUUGUCAACCUCUGGUCCUCCACCUUUCGUCUGAUAGGCACGAGUGCGACGGCAGUGGCUGACAGCAUCACCUCCAACAAGGACCUCCAAAUUAUCAUGGCAUACUUCUUCUAUGGUGUUCCCCCCAGAGAUUCCAGCAGCCUGAUCAAUGCUCUGCUAUUGCACCAUUACAAACGUGGAGCAUACUUCCCAAAAGGGGGCGCCAGUGAAAUCCCUUUUCACAUCACUAAGGUCAUCCAGAAGUAUGGGGGAAAUGUUCUUGUCCGUGCUCCAGUCAAUCGCAUAUUGGUGGACAGCAAUGGCGCAGCAUACGGUGUAACUGUCAGAAAAGGGCAAGAAGAUGUGGAAGUUCGUGCUCCUAUCAUAAUUUCCAACUGUGGCAUCUUCAACACCUUCAAGAGACUCCUGCCACCAGAGAUACAAGUCAAACCAGAAAUCCAGAAUCGUGUGGAGAUGAUGAAACCUGGACGAGGAUCCCUUUUGAUCUUCUGUGGAUUUGACGGCACAGAAGAAGAGCUGGGCAUCAGUUCCACCAACCUCUGGCUGUUUAAGAAUAACGAUAUGGAUGCCAUGAUGGAUGAAUUCUUCAGCUUGGGAAAGGAUGAAGCCCCGGAUAACAUCCCCAUGAUGAUGUGCACUUUCCCCUCCGCUAAAGACCCCACGUCAAAGUUUCGUCACCCAGGUAAAUCCAGCAUGAUUAUUCUCACUAUGGUGAAUUACGAGUGGUUUGAGGAGUGGAAGGACACCACUGUGAAAAGACGAGGGGACGACUACAUGGAAUACAAGAUGAGAUUUGCCAACAAUCUGUUUGAUUGGGCCUGUGUCCACUACCCCAAAUUUAGAGAGAGGCUUGUGUUUCAGGAAGUUGCGACUCCAUUAACUAACAACCACUACCUCGGGGCGUACCGGGGAGCCAUGUACUCAGCUGAGCAAAACUUAAAACGAUAUCAUGUAGAUGUCAUGGCCAAGAACCGCUGUGAUACACCUGUCAAAAAUCUCUUUAUUUCAGGUCAGGACGUAUUUAGCUGUGGUAUCGCAGGUGCGCUGCAUGGUGGGCUGCUCUGUGCUGCAACGGCGCUCGGACAAAUUGUGCAUGUCGACCUUUUGCUGCUGAAGAAGAAGCUGAAGAGAAGGAAGGCCAGGGAAAUGGCAGCACUGGCCCAGAAGAAGCUGCAGUGAAAUGAAACUACUAAACUGCAGCAGAUUAGCAGCUUUACAGAGUUUUCCCAAUAUGUAAUGAACUGAAAAACAACAUAACUGAACAGUCAUAUUGUUGAUGUCAAGUAAAAACCUUCAUUGUGAAUUUCCAGGCGAGGGAAACAACUUAUUUACAUUUUUAAUUACGGAGAACUUCUUUAUAUUUUCAGACACUCUCACUGACCACCAACUUUAUGUUUAUUUGGGUUUAUUGUAAUGUUAUGUACAGUUUAUUACAGGUAAAUGCUCUCACUGACUACUGGCUUUAUGUUUAUUUGGGUUUAUUAUAAAUGUUAUAUAAAAUUAACUACAGGUAGACACACUCACUGACCACUGACUUUAUGUUAAUUUGCGUUUAGUAUUCUAAUGUUAUUUUAAAGUUAAUUACAGGUAGAUACUCUCACUUACCACUGACUAAAUACUUUGUUUAUUUAGGUUUAGUAUUCUAAUGUUAUAUAGAGUUCAUUCUUACAGGUAGGCACUCUCACUGACCACUGACUUUAUUCUUUAUGUUUAUUUAUGUUUAGUAUUCUAACGUCAUAUAUAGUUAAUUACUCACUGACCACUGACUUUAUGGUUAAUUACAGGCAGACACUCUCACUAACCAGUGAUUUUAUGUUAAUUUGUGAUUAGUAUUCUAAUGUUAUAUAGAGUUAAUGGCAAGUUGAUACACUCGUUGUACAGUGACUUUAUGUUUAUUUGGGUAUAGUACUCUAAUCUUAUUCUGAGUUAAUUACAAGUAGACACUCUCACUGACCACUGAUUGUAUUCUUUAUGUUUUUUUGUGUUUAGUUUUCUAAUGUUAUAUAGAGUUGAUUACAGGUAGACAUUUUGACUGACCACUGUCUUUAGUAAAUGUACUUUUUAGGUUUGUUUUUUACUGUCUUUAAUGUUAUCAGCUAAUGAUGGACCUCUCCAUGAAGUCAACCAGAUGUUGUUGAUGGUCCUCAAAAAUCCUACAUGCUCAAAUCGCCAUUGGAUCUUUAACCCAUUACUUAAUAUAAACAUAACUUAAUAUAUGUUUCUGUAUGAUCCAAAUCCCCUUAAUUACAUAACAUCUCUCCCCUGUAAGACCUGAGUUUAAGCAGACCCCCCCCCACCUCUUACCUGUGUUGUUUUGACCCAUGUUUGAGCCUCUGGAUGUUUUAUCCAGCACCAGGAAUCAAAGGAACCUGAGGGAAACCUCAAACUUCCUGAACUAAGUGAACAUUUCCUCUGGGAGAACCUCACAGAUUGGUUGGCAUAACAUGGCCCCUGACGGAUGAAUGGAGUGAAGGAGAGCUAGAGCGGUGGAUGAAUGUCCGCACUGUGUGAGGCUGCUGUGGGGUGCCAGUUCUGAUCCGGCUCCCUGCUUCUCUAUAUUAGCUACGGACAUCAGCCUGAACAGGUGGGAGCUCUGCAGAUUUAGAAGCAGCUCUGGUGAAAAUUCUAAUUUACACUUUUUCCUAUAAUCCCUUAGGGGUGAUUCCAGGACAGGGUGAUCGCUUAACCCUUUAAAAACUGUUGUACAGAAAAUAGUUGAUUUUGCAAAUUACCUAAAUGGUUAGAAAGCAUCUUAAAAAAAAGCAUGAUGAAUAUCGCAACCUUCAAUCAAUUAAAUGAUGCCGCUGCCCGUAACUUGAGAAAUAUGUGAAACAUUUCAUAGGGAUGUACAUGUUGAGAUAACAGGGUUGAGCAAUUGUUAAAAUUUGGGUCAUUAUCAAAAUUAUUCUAUUUAUCAUAUGCAUAUGCUUUCAGACUACACAGAAAUCACAUUUUUGGCUUAAUCACUUUUUAUUUUACAGAAAAUAAACCACACAUUGACAUCGCUCCUAUUCACAAUCACACAAUCACAUGUAUAGUGCACAACCAGUAAGCCAGUAAACCUGAAUAUUGAUUUCACCUGUUAAACUCACUAUAAAUACAUUCUCACUUAAUUUACUUCUCGCUGAGUAUUGUUGCUUUUUCCACUCUAUAAAGCUUCAUCCCAUCUCUCUUGUUUCCAACCAUGUUUUGUAUUUUCUGACCAUGCUUUUGCCUGCCUACUGAUAUUGCCUUGCUGUGUAAGACCCGUGGGCUGUGUUCUGUGUAUGGUAUGUUUAUUCCCUGCUGCUGUUUAUUGGUGUUGAUACUAAUCAUUUUGACUACUCUCUGUGCCCUACCUUUAUUUAUUAAAAAUUUUCAGCUGCAUCUGUGCUGACAUCUGUCCAGCCAUGACAGCAAGGCUGUAAACCCAAGCUGAAGA